AUGGCAAAUAAAUGUGGUCUCUGCGGGAAGUUCCUUUCUCAAACAGAUUGUGUUAAAUGUUCAAAGUGUCCAUCAGCAUACCACCGCCAUUGUGUAAACGUUAACCCGGACACGAAAAUUAGUGUAAAGUGGAUGUGCAUGACCUGUAAACCUAAGGCCUCAUGUUCGGGAGUCAAUUUGACGCCGCGGCAAAGUCCAGCACAUGCGGAAACAGAGGUGAUAUCUGAAACAUUUAUGGAUGCAAGGGUGGAGGGUUCUAAUGAAGGAUCAUUAGCGCAGGAAAUUAGGCUUUUACGAACAGAAUUGCAAACCCUUUCGAGAGAAAUGGUUAAUUUUCGCCAGGAAGUUGGGAAACUGAAUGCCACUAUGUCGGAGUUUAACUCAAGAUUAGACAGCGUUGAAAACCGCGUGACCUGCUUAGAACUUCAAGCGAAGGAUGAAAAAAAGGUUGCACCUGCAAGUGAGUUGGUUGAAACUGUGGCUCAAUUAAAGCGUGACCUAAAUUACAAAGAUCAAGCUGCUCUUUUAAAUGACCUGGAGCUCACGGGCGUGCCUGAACAAAAUGGAGAAAACCCGAUGCAUCUAUUUUCUCUCGUCGCCCAAAAAUUUGGCAUUGAACUGGAUGAACGUGAUGUGGUUAGUGUAGAGAGAUCUGGUAUGCGUCGUGAUCGCGUGAGUACAGCCACUGAACCGCCGCGUCCGAGACCUAUCAUCAUUCGCUUAGCGCGGCGUGCUAUUCGCGACCAACUGUUGCGUGCCGCUCGCGUGCGACGAGGAGCCGAUACGUCUGGGUUCAACAUUAACGCUCAUACAGUGCGUUUUUAUUUAAACGAACGUCUGACGUACACUAACAAGCAACUUUUCUAUAAGGUUAGACAAGAAGCGCAGCGAAACCACUGGCGUUAUGUCUGGACAAAAAACGGCAAUAUAUUUGUAAGGCGUGAUACGAUGUCGAGCAAACAGCGAAUUCAUACGGAGAGUGAUAUCGUAAAGGUUUUUUGUAUUGCUUAA